AUGAUUUCACUUCGGUUUCUCGUUGAUAAUGUACGUUUUAAUAUUGCAUCGCGCACAUCGUAUUUUCGAAUUUCCACUUUCAGAUAAUAUUUCUCGUGCCGCUCUUUGUCGUCGUUCCAUCAUUGGCGGUGCUGUGCAAUUCGAAGAAGAAAUUCGAGACCGAUGCGAGGGUUUUUCUCAAACUUUUCACUUUAUGCUUCCAAAAAUGUCUUCAAUUCAGGCCAACCUAGUCCCCCGGAACGCUGUGUCGCCGGCGAGUUCGAAGAAGAGCAGCGAGAAGGUGACGGCUCGGCCGACUGCUCAGUAAUAACACGCAUUUUCCCUUCUUUUUCUCACAAAUGUGUGUUCGUUUCCAGAACUCCUCCGCUGCGGACGCCACUCGAAAAAAGCAAUAGAAACGAGGAGGACACUUUGGCGUUCGUUUCUUUUUUUGUAAAUUUACUUUUGUCUCAAUAUUGUUGUUCAGAAACGUGGUGUCUCUGCAGCCUGAAUCGUCCGACGGGCCCAACAAUAAAAAGGAGAAGAAGAAGUGA